AUGGCUCCCAGUCCUACGAUCCGACGUCUCCUCAAAGAGACCGCCGAAUUAUCAUCCCCUUCGUCCAAUCCAAACCCAGCCUUCUUCGCCGCGCCGGUCUCGGACGCCGACCUACAUGAAUGGCAUUUCACUUUGCUCGGACCCCCUUCACCCUCACCUUACGCAGGGGGCAUGUACCACGGGCGCAUUAGCCUUCCACCAACAUACCCUCUGAAGCCCCCAAACUUCCGCUUCCUCACCCCCUCGGGACGCUUUGAAGUGAACCGAGAGAUCUGUCUGAGCAUAUCCGGUUUCCACGAGGAGACGUGGAUGCCAGCAUGGGGCGUGCGCACCGCGUUGACGGCUCUCCGAUCUUUCAUGGCGGAGAAGGGUUCAGCCGGGCAGGUUGGUGGCUUGGAAGCGCCCGCCGACAUCAGAAAGAGACUUGCGAAGGAGAGUCGCAGCUGGAAGUGCGAAGCAUGCGGGAAGAGCAACGAGACGAUCAUGCGCGAGUGGUGGGAUAUCUGCAAGUCUGCCGGGGUAGACAUGAAGGGAGAGGAGGAUCUCGAUCUAGAGUCGUUGCCAGAAGGCAUGUCGCUUGAGACGAGAGAUCCCAAUGCACAGAGAGCGACGCAGGGCGGGGGCGAACCACAAGUGCGGCCACAGGAGACGGUACAACAAGCACAGCGGCCACCGGACACCGUUUCGAAUCCCACGGCGGCUACAGUAUCCUCUUCACCACCAUCCUCCUCCUAUCCUCAGACAGCACCGCAAUCCACAUCGCAGACUGGGUCCUCGUCAUCGCUACAGCUUCCCUCGCAGUCGCCCUUCCAGCAUGUUCCUACGCCUUCGGCGGAAGCAGCUCAAGCGUCCGCCGAAGCGGUUCUCACUCCCGGUGACCUCGCACAACCGCCCAACGCCUCCUCUGGCACCGCGACACACAGAAGACCUCUCUUUUCCGGUCUUCACAACGCCCCGCUCGCAGCAGCUAAUGCCGCGAUCGCACAGAACGCCCGGCCCCUGACGCUUCAGCGAGACCGUGAUCGCGAGCAGACCAUCACCAUCGACCGGGCGAUCGCGGGCGUCUUUCUGGCCUUGUGUCUGAUGGUUCUGAAAAAGAUCUUCUUCCCCGCCGGGUCUGGGGGCGUUGCAAGCAGUGUGGACGACUUUUAUCUACAAAGGGAAUGA